UAUAUAUUUUUGGAAUUGACAAAUAUGUUACAUAUUUUAUGAGGUAUAAUAUGUCCGAAAAAUAUGUGAAGGAAAUUUUUGAGAAGCUUGAUGAAAUUGAGAAAUUACAUGCAAAACUGCGCAGUUUGGUGCCACGCGUAAAAAAUAAUGAAUUAGAAAUCACGGAAAACAAACAAUCUGUUGCGAAAGAAACGAAAGAGAAUAAACAUUUACCAGAACAAAAAACUAUCAAUUUAAAAUCAAGGAUAAGAAAGUUAUUCGGUAAAAAAACGAGACCUCAAUUAAUGAAAUAUUUUAAAAAGUUUAAAAAUAAUUCUGGCAAUAAAUGGAAAGAAUUAAAAAAUCGUUUAGCAACUCUAAACGAACCUGAAGUUAUAUUGGUAAGCAGAGCUUCUCAAGUAUCAGACGGUGAUAUAUCAAAAUUAAUUUCAGAAGAAAAAUCUCCAAAAAAAAAGAGAAAAUUAUUUAAGAGAAAAAAAUCGGCACCGCAAGAUUUUCCAGAUCAAGUUUUAAAACACUUAGGUUAUUUUUAUGAUUCUAACCCAAUUUUAAAUGACUAUGUAGUAUCAAUGCAUGAUCAUGGUUUAGGUAAAAAUACACCUCAUAAAGUGCAGAAAAAGGCACUUGUCCAAGACGAGGAUACUGAAACAUUAAAAAUUGUUUCAUCUGCAAGGAAAAUCCCAACGACUCCCGAUGGAUUAAAAUGGUCUUCAUUACUCCGUCACAACCCGUCCCCAUAAAUUAUCAGGAAAAUAUAUUGACGUUCAAUUAGAAAUACAAUACAUAUUUCUUUGAUGAAUUCUAAGAUUAAUGAAAUAAUAAUAUUAUGAAUAAUAUAUAAGUACCGUCAUAAGAACUUAAUUAUAAUAAGAAAAAUAAGGCGUAUGAAGUAUGAAACAUAGGAUGCAAUAAGAAGAUUGAUAUUCCAUAAUUUUUUUUAUAUAUAUAUAUAAAUAUAAUUUUUAUUUUAUUCAUUUAAA